AUGGCUUCGAAAGGAGCCGUUUGGCCUCUUUUGAGGCGCGAACUGCGACCAGCUGCCUCCCGAUUCUCAAGAGCUUCUUUCUCAUCUGCCGCGGCCCCUCUUCGGAGCUCUAGAAGCUCGGCUUUGGCAUCAGGCCGGAGGACAACCCGUCAGGCAGCACUCUUCACACCAAGUCGGACUCUCGGCCAAUUUCGAUGCUUCUCACAGUCGCUAUCCAAUAAGCUCACAGACGAGGAUGGCCAUUUUGAUCCCCGCCAAGUGGAGAGGGAAUCAGACGAGGUCGAUGUUUGUAUUGUUGGUGGCGGCCCUGCUGGUCUUGCCGCUGCGAUUCGCCUAAAGCAGCUGGCUAAUGAAGCUGGUAACGAAGAGUUUCGUGUUAUUGUGUUGGAAAAGGCUGGCGAGAUAGGCGCACAUAUUCUCUCGGGCAAUGUUCUAGAACCGACCGCUAUCAAUGAGCUUUUACCAGAUUGGCUCUCGGAGGAUAACCCCUCAAGAUUCGAGGGUGCCACACCGGCCAAAGGAGACAAGAUGCGCUUUUUAACUAAGAACUCGGCAAUUCCAAUUCCUGCGCCACCGCAGAUGAACAAUCACGGCAAUUAUAUCAUCAGCCUGAACGAGUUGACCAAAUGGCUGGGUGAGCGAGCCGAGGAACUGGGUGUGGAAAUCUACCCUGGCUUUGCUGCCAGUGAGAUAGUCUACAAGCCUGAUGGAUCGGUGCUUGGAGUCGCAACCAACGAUCUCGGAAUAGGCCGUGAUGGCAAAGCCAAGGAAAGUUUCGAGCGUGGUAUGGAGUUCCACGCUCGUAUAACCCUGCUGGCAGAGGGUUGUCAUGGUAGUUUGACAAAGCAGGUUAUCAAAAAGUAUGACCUCAGACGCGAUAGCCAACCGCAAACCUAUGGAAUCGGUCUGAAGGAAGUCUGGGAAAUUCAGCCGGAGAAGUUCAAGUCGGGGGAGAUUAUUCAUUCUUUGGGCUACCCGCUUCCUAAGGACACCUAUGGUGGAUCUUGGUUGUAUCAUUUCGGUGAUAACAUGGUCAGUGUUGGGAUGGUGGUUGGUCUUGAUUAUCCUAACCCGUGGCUCUCGCCAUAUGGGGAGUUCCAGAAGCUCAAGCACCACCCUCUCUUCAAGGAGGUGCUGGAGGGUGGUAAGUGCAUUUCGUAUGGUGCUAGAGCCUUGAACGAGGGUGGCUUCCAGUCGAUCCCGAAGUGUGCAUUCCCUGGCGGUGCCCUGAUCGGUGACACUGCUGGAUUUUUGAAUGUUCCUAAGAUCAAGGGUACCCACUCGGCUAUGAAGUCGGGUAUGCUGGCUGCUGAAUCCGCUUUCUCGGCAUUGCAGGGUAAGGCGGACGAUGGAACCGUUUUCCUAUUUGACUAUGAGGAUGCUCUUCGAAAGUCGUCGAUCUGGAAGGAGCUGUAUGAGGUGCGCAACAUGAGACCUUCCUUCAGUACUCCGCUCGGCCUUUACGGUGGCAUCAUGUAUUCCGGGUUGGAAGCCUACCUUUUCAAGGGCAGGACCCCAUGGACGCUCAAGCAUCACGGUACAGAUGCUGCAGCCACCAAGCAAGCUUCUGAGUGCGAGAAGAUCGAAUACCCCAAGCCGGAUGGCGUAAUCAGCUUCGAUAUUCUGACCAGCGUCAGUCGGACCGGGACCAAUCACGAGGAAGAUCAGCCGGUACACUUGCAGGUGGCAGACUGGGACAAGCAUAAGGACAUUGCUUGGCCUAAGUACAAGGGGGUUGAGAACCGGUUCUGCCCCGCUGGAGUGUAUGAAUAUGUUGAAGAUUCGACCAAGGAGCACGGUGUUCGGUUCCAAAUCAAUGCUCAGAACUGCAUUCACUGCAAGACCUGUGACAUCAAGGUGCCAACACAAGACAUCAAUUGGCAAACCCCUCAAGGUGGUGAGGGUCCUAAAUAUUUCAUGACCUGA